AAUAUUGUUAACAUACCCAACAAAUAAUUCCAUCUGAUCUUAUGAGAGGAAAUUAUUUGAAAGCUGUUAUAGUCACAGUGAUCUAUAGUUAAGAGUCUGAGACAGAUUACUAUUGCUCAAGAUUUAAGAAUCAAUAUCAUGAACACUUAUUCUCAUGUUAUGGGAUGGUUGUUGUUCGUGUUUUACCUUAAUAUGUUCGUGCAUGGAACAACAACAUGUCCAGAAGAUUUAACAUGUGGAAAUCAAGUUAUCAAGUUCCCUUUCCGAAUCAAAAACCGUCAAUCACCCAUGUGUGGCUAUUCAGGAUUUGAGUUAUUUUGUACAUCAAAUAAUGAAACUAUCAUUGAACUUCCACACAAAGUGAAACUCAAUGUCAAGAACAUUGACUACAAACACCAAACUAUUCAACUAUCCGAUCCACAAAGUUGUCUUUACAAACAUAUCCACAACCUUAAUCUUUCAGAAUCUCAUUUCAACUACUUGAAACAUGACUAUGAUGAUUUUGUCGACUAUCACUUUAUCAAUUGUUCACUUUUGAUUAGAGACGACAUAGAUUCUUAUUUGGUUCCAUGUCUAAGUACCUCAACCUCUCAGACAUAUGCUAUAUCUUCUUUUACCGUUAUUGACAGCUUUCCUCUUUCGCUUUGCACCAAAAUGUUUAACGUUUCAACAAAUGUUAUUGAUUUUCUAGACAAAAACUCUCUUCGUUUGAUGUGGUCUGAGCCUAGUUGUAAACAUUGUGAAUCAAAAGGAAAAAUAUGUGGUUGGAAGAAUACUGUUGGUAAUAGUACCAACAAGGAAGUAGAUUGUUUCCCCAAAAAGAAGAAAGGUUCAUCAAAGGCUCUAGUGAACACAGGAUCAAUUUUAGGAUCAUUGUUUUUUAUCUUGUUGAUUGGUGGAAUCUACCAUAUUUAUGACUCUUACAUACUAAAGAAAGAAAAACAAGCAAUUGUAGAAAAGUUUUUAGAAGACUAUAGAGUUCUUAAGCCCACCAGAUACUCUUAUGUAGAAAUCAAGAGAAUCACAAAUAAUUUCGGGGAUAUGUUAGGACAAGGAGCCUAUGGAACUGUUUAUAAAGGAAGCAUUUCAAAAGAAUUUAGUGUUGCUGUGAAGAUACUAAAUGUUUCUCAGGGAAAUGGCCAAGACUUCCUAAAUGAAGUUGGUACAAUGAGUAGAAUCCACCAUGUUAAUAUUGUCCGAUUGGUCGGUUUCUGUGCUGAUGGAUUUAAAAGAGCUCUUAUUUAUGAAUAUUUACCAAAUGGUUCUCUGCAAAAGUUCAUAAAUUCACCGGACAACAAGAAAAACUUCCUUGGCUGGAAAAAGUUGCACGAAAUUGCUUUAGGAAUAGCUAAAGGAAUUGAAUAUCUUCAUCAAGGUUGUGAUCAACGCAUCCUCCAUUUCGAUAUCAAGCCACAAAAUGUGUUACUUGACCAUAACUUUAUUCCAAAAAUAUCUGACUUUGGUCUAGCUAAAUUAUGUUCAAGGGAUCAGAGCAUAGUAUCAAUGACUGCAGCUAGAGGAACAUUGGGGUACAUUGCUCCAGAAGUUUUUUCAAGGAACUUCGGAAAUGUGUCUUACAAAUCAGAUGUUUACAGUUAUGGAAUGAUGUUGCUUGAAACAAUAGGAGGAAGGAAGAUCACAGAGGACUUAGAGGAAAACAGUAGUCAUGUUUACUAUCCGGAAUGGAUUUAUAAUCUUAUAGAUGAUGAAGAGGAAAUGAAAAUUCAUAUUGAUGAUGAAGGGGAUGAAAAAAUUGCAAGAAAAAUGGCCAUUGUGGGACUAUGGUGCAUUCAGUGGCAUGCUAUGGAUCGACCAUCAAUGCAAAUGGUGGUUCAGAUGUUGGAGGAAAAUAUAGACAAAACUCCAAUACCUCCCAAUCCUUUUGAUUCCCAAUCUAGACAACCUAGGAGGACUGAUGCAACUGCAACUACUAGACAAGUAACCCACAAUUUAGAUGUAAUUCAAGAGAUAGAUUGACUUACAAUUGUGAAAUAUAUUUUACUUUAUCUUUACUUUUUUUUUUGUUCUUUUUAUCAAUCAAAUUGACAUUAGAAUAGCACCAAAUUAAGUAAAUGCUAAAGUGGAGGAGCUUAUCAUAUAGAUCUUGGGGUUUUUUUACUCAUAGAUUUUAAGUUAAUUUUCUUGAUGUUGACAUUUUGUACUGCAAAGGUUUACCAUUUUAAUUUUUUUUAAACAG